UGCUAAAGAGCAAGUUGCCAAGGCGAGACAGGAACUUCUUUCCUCUCUGUGUCAGGAUCCCAGAAAUUAUGCCCCUUCUCUCAUCAUGAACUGGCUCUCGAGUUCCUCGGGAGUUGUGCUAACUGCUUACCACCCCAGCGGCAAGGACCAGGUCGUCGGGGAGAGCCAUGGGAAGGGAGGCGACGAAGCCACCUCCAGUCGCAGAUAUGGCCAGUACACCAUGAACCAAGAAAGCUCCACCAAAGUUAAAGAGAGGCUUCCAUUUGAUCGAUCGGGUUCCCAGGACUCUUUGGAUGAAGUGUUGUCAAUGGAGGACUAUUGGACAGAACUAGAAAAUAUCAAGAAGUCUCAUGAAAAUCGCCAAGAAGGUCAAGAGGCCGUUGUUGUCAAAGAACCUGAUGAGGGAGAACUGGAGGAGGAAUGGCUCAAGGAGGCUGGGUUGUCCAAUCUCUUUGGAGAGUCGGCUGAUGACCCCCAGGAUAGCAUCGCGUUUUUAUCCACGCUGACCCGGACUCAGGCGGCAGCUGUUCAGAAACGGGUAGAAACGGUCUCCCAGACCUUGAGGAAGAAAAACAAACAGCACCACAUUCCUGACGUCAGAGACAUAUUUGCUCAACAGAGAGAAGCACAAGAAAAAUCUCCAGAUGGCUCAGAAUCGCAGUCAAUUGGAACAAAUGAAAACAGAAGCCAAGGAAAAGAGGACCAGGCACCUAGUGGGGCUGUUGAGAACAAGGAGCUGAUCCCACGGGUACCUGAGGAUACACCUGCCUCUGUAACAGACAUCAAUUUGGAGGUGUCAUUUGCGGAGCAAGCUGUCAAUCAGAAAGAACUCAGCAAGGAGAGGAUGCCGAAGAUCGGAGGCAAUGAUGCCUCAUUGCCUAGUUUCAGACUGCCAAAAGAUAAAACUGGUACUACAAAGAUUGGGGAUUUGGCCCCCCAAGACAUGAAGAAAGUUUGCCAUCUAGCCCUGAUUGAACUCACUGCCCUCUAUGAUGUACUGGGUGUGGAACUCAAACAACAGAAAGCUGUGAAAAUCAAAACAAAAGACUCUGGUCUUUUUGGUGUUCCAUUAACCAUGUUAUUAGAACAAGAUCAAAGGAAAGUGCCAGGAACUCGAAUACCCUUGAUCUUUCAAAAUCUGAUUUCUCGAAUUGAAGAAGGCGGGCUGGAAACUGAGGGCCUCCUACGCAUACCGGGAGCUGCCAUGAGAAUCAAGAAUCUUUGCCAAGAACUAGAAACGAAGUUUUAUGAAGGGACUUUCAACUGGGAGAGUGUCAAGCAGCACGACGCAGCCAGCCUGCUGAAGCUCUUUCUCAGAGAGCUGCCCCAGCCGCUGCUGAGUGUGGAGUACCUCAAAGCCUUCCAGGCUGUCCAGAAUCUUCCAACCAAAAAGGAACAAUUGCAGGCUUUGAACCUCCUUGUCAUCCUUCUGCCUGAUGCAAACAGAGACACACUGAAGGCCUUGCUUGAGUUUCUCCAAAGAGUCAUUGACAAUAAAGAGAAGAACAAAAUGACGGUUGUAAAUGUAGCAAUGGUCAUGGCCCCGAAUCUCUUCAUGUGCCAUACGCUGGGUUUGAAGUCCAACGAACAGCGAGAAUUUGAAAUGGCAGCUGGGACGGCAAAUGUCAUGCACUUAUUGAUUAAGUACCAGAAACUUCUAUGGACAAUUCCAAAGUUUAUUGUAAACCAAGUGAGGAAGCAAAAUACUGAAAAUCAGAAAAAGGAAAGGAGAGCCAUGAAGAAAUUGCUGAAGAAAAUGGCUUAUGACCGAGAAAAACAUGAAAAGCAAGAGAAAGCUGCAAAUGAUGCUGACGUUCCUCAGGGAGUGAUUCGAGUGCAAGCUCCCCAUCUUUCAAAAGUUUCCAUGGCAAUACAGCUAACUGAAGAACUAAAAGCUAGCGACGUGCUUGCCAGGUUUCUCAGCCAAGAAAGUGGAGUUGCUCAGACACUUAAGAAGGGGGAAGUUUUUCUGUAUGAAAUCGGAGGAAAUAUUGGAGAACGCUGCCUGGAUGACGAUACAUACAUGAAGGACUUGUACCAACUGAACCCGAAUGCUGAGUGGGUCAUCAAAUCCAAGCAACGGUAGAAGACUAACCAAAGGGCUAAUGUCAUCAUUCUUGCAGGGUCAAGAGUGUUAAUAAAAGUAGCAAGAUUCUUAAUUAUUCAGCUCUACCCAAUUAUAUUACAAAGUGACAUCCCCAGGUCUUAAAAUUAUAGAUCUCUGUGACUUCCACAAUUGUUAAUUAUUAUUAUUAUUAAGAAAACAAAUAUUUUUGGAAUAAGAGAAAAGCAGCUUAAUUAGCUUGUGAACUGUUGAUACAUACCUUAAAAUGUGUUCAGAGGGGAAAGCUGUUUUUUUUGUUUGUUUUGUUUUAUAUGAAGUAAACUCUCUACACCCCGCCCCCCUUUUGGUACUGGGGAUUUAUCCAUAACUUUGCUCAUGAUGGUCAAGUGCUUUAUGACAUCUAGUGAUAUCCCCAGCAGAUUAAAUAAUCUUUACUAAUAGA